GUCGAUAGUUCCAUCACUGUUUAAGUUGUUCAAAUUUUAUAUACACAAACCAUAGUACAACAGCAGUAGUGAAGUGUCGCGAGUGUCGAUUGUUUUUAGGAUACACGCGAAGUGAGGAUCACAGCGUGCACAAGAAACCAUUCGAUGCACACCAUGGAGCAAUAUCUGCGAAGUCGCGAAAGCGGUUGGCAGCAACACAAUCGUCAUGCGGGCAACGAGAAUUUUCUGAUGCGCAGCAUUUACAGUUCCAUGGGCAUGUUCAACAGUUACCAUGCCAACUGCACGCCAAGCACAGCUGGACGCGAUACCGGUGCCAUCUUUAAUCUGGAGUACAAUGCGGAUGGCAAUGUUGUCGUGGCGGCCACGCAACGCAAAUGUGUUUUGGUGUUCGAUGCAAUCACACAAGAGGAGAUCUUCAAGGUUCCUGACGCACACACGGACAGCGUGAAUUGCAUCAAAUUCUUCGACGAUCGCAAAUUUGCAACAGGUUCUGACGACUUUACGGUGGCCUUGUGGGAUCUGCGCAACAUGAAGCAAAAGUUGCGCGUGCUUCACGGUCAUUCCAAUUGGGUUAAGAACAUUGAGUAUUCGUCAAAAGAGAAACUGCUGGUGACCUCCGGUUUCGAUGGCAGUAUAUUCACCUGGGACAUCAAGUCACAAACGGAACAGGGCCUAAUAUCACAGCGUGUCUUCCAUGCCAGCGGUCUUAUGCGUUGUCGCAUCUCGCCAGCUGGUGAUAAACUUGUCUUGUGCACCAGCGGCGGUUAUAUUAUGAUCGUGCAUCACCUGGACUUGACCACAUUGCACAAAGAUUUGUGCGGCUUUCGGCCUGGCAUUUACAGACUUAUGCAGUUGGGCGAACAAUUCAUUCCCCAGGCAGCCAAAUACGAUCAUGUGUUCUCCAAGCGACAGAAGAAGAAUCGCGUUGAACUGGUCACUGAUUUCCCGGAACAGAAUGAUGCCGAAAUGAUAAUGGCGCUGCAAAUUCAUCCGCAGUGCCGUUGCAUGCUCACACGCAACGUAAGCUGCGACGAGCAAAGCGAAUGGACCUGUAUCCACGACAUCAACGAGGAGCCCGAAGUCACGGAGGACGAAACUGGCGACGAGCCAACGAUUAAGCGUAAACGUCCCCUGCCACCGCCACGACCCAGCGAGAGUGAGCGGGGAGUGCAGCAGGGUUUCCAAAUAGCGCGACCACAAUUGCGUCGCUAUAUGCGUGCGCAUCCGGCACGGAUUGUGGCUACAUCGCCGCCAGCUGCGGGUGGUGCCACUGAUAACUUUAUACCAGACAUUUGGGCCGCCGAGGUGACGGUGCAAGAGCGUGCUAUACGUCAGAGUCGGGCACGGAACUCGGCGAAUCAUGUGAGUGGCUACAAUUUUGUGUACGCCAUCAGCAGCGGUGUAUUGCCUUUGCGAUCGAGUGUGGGCAAUCGCCCCAACAGCGGCUCGGCGCGCACACGAGCUGCUCAGACAGAGGCGGCAAAUGGCGAGUCGACAAGCGCCAGUCGCAGCAACAAUAACAGCAACGGCAGCAGCAGCAGUGACAGCAACAGCAGCACUAGCAACAACAGCAGCAGCAACGACAGCAACGAUGUCACCGAGAGCUUGGAGUUGGGACAACGCAUACCAAUGCGACCAUUGAGCAACACAUCGGCGGCAGCGAUUACAACUGCCGGUGAGAUGGGAUCUCAUGAGAUACUGGUGAAUGCAAGGAAGCUGCUUUACUAUGCCUCCGAGACGAAUAACAAACCGGGAUUCAUCAAAGAGCCUGGAUUCUCAGCUGAUGGUCGCAUCAUUUGUUCGCCAUAUGCGAAUGGUGUGCGUUUGUUGGGCUAUCAGGCGGACUGCAGUGAUUAUCCCAAUGAUCAAAUGGUCGAUCAGAUCAAGGAUAAGCCACGUCAACUGGUCGAAUUGGCCAACAUCAUCGAGCAUCAGGACGUGGUGCUAUGCGCCAAAUUCAGUCCACGCGAGCCGCUGCUUGUGACGGGUUGCAAUCAAGGCGAGGUCGCCUGGUACAGACCGUAUCUCUAAGCAAUGCUCUUGUUGUUCCCCAAAAACGUUGUACAUUGUUUUAAUUUCAGCUGCUAGAAAUGUAAUGGAUAAGAAGUUGCCGAGAACCAGUUUAACAUACCAACACACUACCAACAGAAAAACACUCUCAAACACGACACAGCCACAGACACAUACUCAGUAAAUGCAGCAAGAAUGAUUAAAUUCAUAUCCUUAAUU